AUGGUUCCAAGUCUCACUCCCUCUAGCUCACCGAGUGAAGGUCCCACAGGGGUUCCUUCCAAGGUCCCAUCUGAUAGUCCUACCAAGGUCCCAACUGAAAAACCUUCCCAGGUGCCUUCGAUACCUCCCAGCCGUGAACCAAGCAGUGGACCAACUGACCAGCCAUCUAGAUACCCCUCAGUCGAACCCAGUGAAGGCCCAACAGAAGUUCCUACCAAGGUCCCAUCCAGUAGUCCAACUCAAGUCCCCACAAAAAGGCCGUCUGAAAUGCCUUCUGAAUCACCCAGUGAUGAGCCAAGCAGAUCGCCCACUGAGCAGCCCUCUAGGUAUCCUUCUUCCCAACCAAGUGAUGGUCCAACAGGAAUUCCAACAAAGGUUCCCUCAAAGAGCCCAAGCGAAACCCCUUCGAACAUGCCAACAUCAAUUCCAUCAGGUGCACCCAGUGAUACUCCAUCGAGUGACCCAACCAUGCCACCAACAAAGGCGCCAUCAGCCGAGCCAAGUCGAAUGCCUUCUGGAAAUCCAACGAGCAAUCCUUCCAGUCAACCUAGUCAACAACCUACUGAACAGCCGUCCAAGGUUCCAUCUGAAGCGCCGAGUGAGGGACCUACAAGCAACCCCACCACGCCUCCUUCUUCUGUUCCAUCUGCAGCUCCAAGUGAUCUACCCAGUGGCACUCCCACAACAACACCAAGCAUUGCUCCCAGUAAGAAUCCAACGCAAAUGCCAAGCACAAUUCCUUCCGCAGCUCCAAGCUCUGGGCCAACGGGAAUUCCUACCAAAGUUCCAACAAAUGUACCCAGUCUUCCACCAACACCAAGUCCAAGUGCUACUCCCUCGUUUGCUCCAAGUUCGACCCCGACUGGUCAUCCAACCAAAACUCCCAGUAUCCCACCCUCAGAAGCACCUAGCUCGCCCCCCUCUAGUCUUCCAACGAAAGCUCCAAGUAUCACGCCCUCGGCAGCACCAAGUUCUGGACCAACUGGAAACCCAACAAAGGAACCCACUGGUGUACCGAGUCUUCCACCAUCAUUGUCUCCAAGCAGAAGUCCAUCAAUCGUCCCAAGUACGAAUCCCACUGGUCAUCCAUCAAUAUCUCCAUCAGCAACACCCUCGGCAAUGCCAAGCUCUGAACCAAGCAGGACACCAACCGAUCACCCUUCAAGAUAUCCGUCGACUGAACCCAGUGCAGGCCCAACUGGAAUUCCAACAAAGGCCCCUUCUAGCAGCCCAAGUGGAGUUCCAUCAGGAACACCAUCUGCAAAGCCUUCUUCAACCCCCAGUGAUCAACCAAGUACUGUGCCUUCUGACCAGCCUACUCGGUAUCCAUCAGCUGAACCCAGCGCCGGCCCAACUGGAGUACCCACCAAGCUUCCCUCUAGCAGCCCAAGCGAAAUCCCAUCCAGAGAGCCUUUAUCACCUUCUAUUACACCAAGUGAUGAGCCAAGCAGGACACCAACCGACCAACCUUCCAGAUAUCCCUCAUCUGAGCCCAGUGUGGGUCCAACUGUAGUUCCAACAAAGGUUCCAUCUAGCAGCCCCAGCAGAGUGCCAUCCGGAACACCAUCUGCAAGGCCUUCUCUAACACCAAGUGAUGAACCAAGUAGCACACCAUCUGACCAGCCUUCUAGAUAUCCUUCAGCUGAACCCAGUGCCGGUCCAACUGGAGUCCCUACCAAGCUUCCCUCUAGCAGCCCAAGCGAAGUACCCACAGGAACACCAUCUAUGAUGCCAUCUGCACACCAAGCAACAAACCUAGUAUCACACCAUCGGACCAGCCUUCUAGAUAUCCUCACUGAACCAGUGGAGGCCAACUGGGUCCCAAAAGGCCCCAUCCAGCAGCCCAAGCGAGGUACCCACAGGAACACCAUCUAUGAUGCCUUCAGUGCCGCCAUCAAGUAG